CUGUUUGUUGUUGAACACUCGGAUGUACUCUACAUUUAUCCACAAAUUAAAAAAAAAAAAAAGAAACUAAAAUUAAAAUCAGAUACCCUCAACAAUGACACAUAGCGAAAAGAGGUCUCACUGGUUCAGGGAAGGAGCUAUUGGCCUUGGAGUUGGAGUGUUGUAUGGCGUAACUAAUACAUGUGUAGGACAUCCAUGGGAUACCCUGAAGACAAAAAUGCAGGCACAGGCAGGCUAUGAGAAGACAAGCAUGUUACAGACAUUGGUGAAGACACUCAGAACUCAAGGAGUCAUUGGACUGUAUAGGGGCUGUAUUCCACCAUUGUGGGGCUCUGGCAUAUACAGAUCUAUGCAGUUUGCUGUGUUUGAAGGCGUAUACACAUUUUUAGACAAUCCAUUGAUGAGGCAUGAGAUACCGCUCACUGCAGGGCUACAGUUGAGGGUAUUAGCAGCUGGAGCAGUGGCCUCAACAACUAGAGCUGUCAUAGAAACACCGCUAGAGUUUGCAAAGAUCAGAAGACAAACGCAACAAUCUUGGGAGUUAAGAAAAGUGUACACGGGCUUUGGCAUAACCUGGGUACGAACUAUGGGUCUCAUGUGCUCAUACUUCAUGCUGGUAGAUACUGGUCGCAGAAACUUUCCAGAACAUUUUAAACGUCCCAUCCUCGGUCCAUUCCUUAUAUCGGGUUGUGCAGCUACACUAGGAUGGUGGAUUGUGUGGCCAUUUGAGUACAUGAAGUCCCAAGUACAGAGUGGAUAUGGAGGUAAACAAAUAGCUGUAUACAAGAGAAUGGCAACAAUUAUCAGAGAAAAGGGAUUCUUCUCUUUGUACCGUGGAAUAAUGCCAGGAACCAUUCGCAGUUUUCUUGCCAAUGGAACCAGUAUGGUCGUCAUGACAUUUGCUCAGAGAAAAGUGACAGAACUUGGACUUAGAGAUUGAAGAGAGAGUACAAAAUGGAAGUUGAACUUGCAUUGAUUCCACAAGUGUAUAUCUGUGAUAUUUGUAUGGUUGUAAUUAUGUCUUCCAGUUAAAAAGACAGUCAAUGUUUUGUUACCAAGCUAAAAGCUUGUUCAGACAAAGUGAGAUAAAUUUAGAGGAAAUAAACUAGACAGGUAACAAAUUUAUAUAGGUCAGUGUUAAGAUAUUAUUCAAAUUUCUGGCAUUUUUAUUGGCCUAGAGACAUCUUUCACAGACCUGAUAUAUUCCAUAUUAGGUUGAGUAAGUGAUCCUUGAUAUGGAAGUUUUGGCUUUGUUAAUAAAGUCAGAAUUCUGCAGAAAAGGCAGGGUAGUCAGUAACAUAAAAUCGUUACAUGACUUGUUUUGAACAGACAAGGGAUAAAUGUUCCCAUGUUUUGGCCUAACAUGGAUUUCCAAGGUAAUGUGCCACAAACCAUUGUAUCUAAUAAUACCUUACCAUAGGGAAAAUCUGUGAAAGCUACUACUAAUAUGUACUUUCCUUCAAUCAUCACCUUCUCUGAAACUGUUUGGCAGAAGUUGAUGAAACUUAACCUGAAUGUUCCUUAGAUGGUCCUCUUCCAGACUUGCUGACAUUGUUCUGCUUGGUUGGCAAAGUAGCUUUACCCUUGUCAUAAACUGCUGGUCCUAUUCCAAAUUGGUUUGCAAAUGAUCCUUGGAGGUAUAUCCCUCUACUUAGAUUGUUCAAAUUUUUCUGAUUUGUCAAAAAAACAUGGUUUUCAGAGGGAAUAUAUUGUAUACAUAGCAGAAAUUUCAAAAAUCUUGUAAGAUUUUAAUUGUUUUGCAGAAAUGAUCCAUGGGUCAUGCACAACCAAUGUUAUUAAGUUAUUCUGACUUGUCCAAAAAAUAUGGCUGCCAGAAGGUGUGGUCACUUUUUCACAUAUGUAUAUAAUAUCUUCUUGUCAGAAACUGCUGGCCUGAUUUUAAAAUAAUUUUACAUAAUUGUUCUUGUGACCCUUUACUUAGUGUGUAAAAUUAUUCAAUUUGCCAAAAAAAAAACAUGGUCACAAGAGCUAAAAAUAGAAAAUUUUUAAAACAUCUUCUCCAAAACCAUUGCUCCAAUUUUAUAAUGAUUUUCUUCUCCGAAGAUUGUUCAGUUCAGAUUACUUUGAUUUAUCAAAAAAAAACAUGGCUACUAUAGGCUGUUUUACCUGUAUAAAUAUGUUGUGGGAAAUAAAAAAAAGUCUUGUCAUAAACUGCUGGCCCAGCUUCAGAAUCAGUUCACAGGAAAGUUUUUAAUAACUCUGUUCCAAAAUUGUUCAACUUGUUCCCGAUUCAUCAUAUAACAUGGCUACCAGUUUCCUUUUAUGUAUACAGUGGAUACAUUUAAAAAAUCUUCUUUGAGUAAUGAAUUCACACUUCCCUUGGAUGACCCUUACAUAGAUUUUAACUUGAUCAAAUUUAAAAAAAAAAACAGUAUGGAAACAAGAGGGCAUGGUCACCUUUCACUGUAUAUACAAGAUGGCCCCAAUUAUUUCGAGUUCUAAGAAACAAUUGGCUGCAAGAGCAAAAAAUAAAACAAUUUGCUACAACAUCUGUUCAUAAACUAUUGGUUUGAUUUUGAAAAACCGUCGUUUAUAUGACUGAAAAAUUGUUGAAAAAGACGUUAAACUCGAACACACACACACAUUUUGAAAUACUUUCACAGAAAUGUUCUUUGGGUAACCCUCUGCUAAUCCAUUUAAAGUCAUCUUGAUAUGAGAAAAAAAUCCUGCUUGGGAUGAGCCUAGUUUUCUGUAUAUGGCUGAUCGGAAAACUGAAAGUUGCCUUCUCUGAAUCUGCAGACUAGGCUUCAAAAUAAUUUAGCAGAAUUAAUUCUUAUUGUAGCUGUUCGAGCUAUGAAACUCUGAUGAGCGAUAUAGGGUCAUGAUGGCUCUCUUGUUAUUUUUAGGAAUUCUAGUUCUUUUUGGCCCAAAUCAUGAAACUUUAUUCUGGAGACUUUAUUUGGAGUUGCCUUAAUUUUUGUUUAUCUUUUAUAUGUAUUUACAAAUUUUAAGAUCUGUUAUGUGUUGAAUUUUAUAUUCUUAAACAUCAUUGGAACCAUUUGAUGUGUUUGACAUGCCGACUGGUGGGAGACCACAUAAUGACUGUAGACCAGCAUAUUUUUUUAUCAUAGUAUUUUUAUGAGCACGUUAGAAUGAAACUAAUGCAGGUCUUUGUGUUGCUUAUCAUUGUCCAAAUACAACAAUAUACUUGGAAAUUUUAUCAGUUGGAAUAAAGCUGAGUAAUUUUCAACUGCCUGUAUGCCAACAUUUUUGGUAUUUUGUUUUUAUAUGAAUUAUGAGAGAUUUUUUGCAACUUUUGAUAUUUUGUUGAAGGUAUUGUUUUUGCAUUUAUUAAUCAAAACCCAUACCAAACUUGUCUAGUCCUUAGAUGAUGUGUCCUAGUCUUUAGUUUUGUUUGAAUUGGAAUCUCAAGGCAUUAAGCAAUUACAUAAUUAUGCUUACACUGAUGUAAAUGGCAUAUCUAAUAUCAAUAUGGCAAAUCUGUAUAAUUCAGGGUCCAUUGUUUUGAUAGAAGCCCUGUAGUAAUCUCUCUGUCUAUCCAUCCUACCGAACACCUUUGUCCGAGCUUUACCUUUGUAACUCCUGGUCCAAUUUUAUUAACCGAGUUAUUAGAUUGGGGUAUGUCGUUGGUCGGGCAGGCGGGCGGGCGGCGGCGUCAAACUGGUGUUUCCAGUCAAUAACUUUUGUUUCGGUAAAGAUAUUUGAAUAAAACUUGGUAUGUAUGUAGCUUAUAUCAAGACAAAGGCUGGGAUUGAUUUUGGGGUUUCUGGGGUCAAGAUCAAGGUCACUGUUACUUAAAAUAGAAAAAGGGUUUCCGGUCAAUAACGUUUGUUUCGGUAAAGAUAUUUGAAUAAAACUUGGUAUGUGUGUAGCUUAUAUCAAGACAAAGGCUGGGAUUGAUUUUGGGAUUUCUGGGAUCAAGGUCAAGGUCACUGUUACUUAAAAUAGAAAAAUGGUUUCCGGUCAAUAACUUAACUUAGGAAUGAGCUAUCAUGAUGAAACUUGGUGUAUAGAAAACUUAUAUAAAGUUGUAGCUUGGGAUUGAUUUUGGGGUUUCUGGGAUCAAGGUCAAGGUCAUUGUUACUAAAAAUAGGGUUAGGGUUAGGUUAGGGUUAGGGUUAGGGUUGUGCUUUAAAGUGGUGCACUGUGAUUCAGUAUACCUUUUUAUUCUUAUGAAAAGUGUUGAAAACCUGGUUUCAUGGCAUUGCCGCGUUUCUUGUUAAUGCUUAACAGCAUAAGUAUUCAGCACAAAUUUUCUGAUUGCAGUACACAGAAUUUUAGGUCAGGAGAGGUCAAAGGAUCAUAAAAUAUUACACAUUAUUGCCUGUGCCAAUAAUUUUCACUCUUACUGUAAUUUUAUUUAAACUUGGUAUAUAACAUGACAUGGUGAUAUGUUUCAAUGAGGGUCAGAAUGGUCUUAAAAUAUUGUACUAUUUUGGACAUCUUGUAUGCUGUUUUUUCAUAUUCUCAGGGGCCUAAGGGAUUGUUUUAUUUCCAAUAACAGAUUAACCAUUUCCUAGAUAGUAUUUGGGUUUAUUUUU